AUGAGGCUAUCAAGACUGCUGCAUUUCUCACUUGGCGUGCCUUGAGGCAUAUUUUGACUGUGUUUUGUUCCUUUGGUGGUGUCAUAUAACGUGUCUGGCCGCAUAUCUGCUGUUCCACUAUUUGCACAUAAAAUAAUUUGAUCUGGGCAUUACUUGUGCCUUUUUUGACGCAGGAAGGAGGACGGCAAUAAUUGGCCAUCAGAGAGUCUGAAAUGCAAUGGCACAGUUGAUGUUGAUAUCUCAAGAACUGAAGUUGAGGACCAUAACAGAGGACAUAAUGAGAGCGUUUCCGUCAAGCUGCCGCUUUUCCAGAAGGGUGUCCUUCGUACCAACUGCAUAGACUGCUUGGACCGCACAAAUGUGGCUCAAUAUGCAUUUGGCUUAGCUGCACUUGGACGUCAGCUUCAUGCACUUGGUUUCAUGGAUGAACCAAAGGUUGAUCUAGAUGCACCUCUGGCCGACGACUUGAUGAGAUGUUAUGAGACAAUGGGUGAUACGCUUGCACUGCAGUAUGGCGGUUCUGCGGCUCACAACAAGGUAAAUUGUCUUGAUGAACUCUUUUAUUUGCAUAAUGAUGAUUCAAAGAUGAAUUUUCUCGUUGAGUUUGGCUGUUGACUGUUAAAUUCUUUGGUGUUCUUGCCAUUGCCAAAUUGUCCCCUUCGUUUUUACUUGUCUGGACUGUUUAACUGAGCAUGCAGCUCUUAAUUUAUAAUGUUAAAGUGGGCAAGAUUGCAUUUGCUUUCUCUUCGUAAAUGAAAUUAGAUCCGUGAAUUCAAAACCACGGGGUUGUGUGAUGGUUCUCCUCUGUUUUUCACAAAAAUAGCUGAGGCAACUUUCCUGAUCUUUCGUUCAAAGGUCUUCAUCACCCUGAAGCAUGUUUGUGGCAAUUUGCUUGAACUUCUUUCCAAUAGGUUCAAACGUCGACCUUUCCUUUGUUACUUAACCAACCGUGAUUCCUGCUAGGCUAGUUAGUGUGGGAUGUUCAUGCUUUAGAGAGGAAUAGCUGCUAACGCCUAUACGAUAUUCUGGUUGAAUAUUGUGCCAUUUUGUUUUUUUUUCUUUUCCAAACCGUUCAUUUCUCUCGGUUAUGCUCUUCAGAAUGUUCGUUUAGUGCAUACAAAAUUGCUUUACGCAUUUUUGGAGAGUUAUUUCUAGCGUCUUGGGUUGGAUUAAACUGAGAUAACCAUUGAGAAUGUCAUAUUUAAAAUAUUCAGUGCUGUGUAUCUUUUGUUAUUUGGAUUAAAUUCGUAGUGUGAAAUAGUUGGAAAUGCCUUGUAGCCAUUCAGAUACAUGGUUCUUUGGACUUGAAAAAAAAAAAACCCAGAGAUUUCUGAUGACUAUGGGUAUUUUUUUAAUAAAAGCUGUUCCAUUAACACUAAAAGAUGGAUCUAAACCUCAAGCUGUCAUCCGAAAAUUGACAGAAGUUUGAUCUUUAGCGCGGAACUUCAGGAAACAGAGGCUAAGGAUCUAUUGCAGCAAUUGGCCCAACUGGUGUGCUUCAGCCUAAGCCGCCUUUGUUGUUGCACUGUCUUUGGCUUCCAAGGGUAUCGAUUAGAGAUGCCUGCAUCUAAUCACAAUCAGCAAGCUCUGGUUCUUCAGACUAUUCUGUAUUGAGUUUAUUCAGAUUUAUGCAUUCUUAUUUACUUGAAAUAACAUCAAAUGAUGGUUAUUACCUUGUUUGAGCUUUCAAGGUUCAUCAUCUGAAUCUUGAAUAUCUUAGAAAUUUGGCUGCGGGAAGUCGAUCUCCUUCCUCAAAGCUCAAUUGUGCAACAACUUCAAUCCUCAUAACUUCUGAUGCCCAGAUAUUCUGUGAAAGAAGAGGCCAAUGGAAGGCGGCCACCCAGUCUCAGGAGUUCUUCAGGACGCUGCAACGGUAUUACAGCAAUGCCUACAUGGAUGCUGAGAAGCAAGAUGCAAUUAAUGUGUAA